GACCCCAGCCCAGCUGGAGGCGGGUCCCCACCCUCCCCGGGGAGCAGCGGGUUGAGGCGGGCGCGGUGCAUUGUGGGCAGAGGGGCGGGGGUUGGGAAGAUGGCGGCUCCCAGCCUCCUCAACUGGAGGCGGGUUUCUUCCUUCACGGGGCCGGUCCCCCGCGCCCGGCACGGACAUCGAGCGGUGGCUAUCCGGGAGCUGAUGAUCAUCUUUGGAGGGGGAAAUGAGGGCAUCGCGGACGAGCUGCACGUCUACAACACUGCUACGAAUCAGUGGUUUCUCCCAGCUGUUAGAGGAGAUAUCCCUCCAGGCUGUGCUGCCCAUGGAUUUGUCUGUGAUGGUACCAGAAUAUUAGUAUUUGGGGGAAUGGUUGAAUACGGAAGAUACAGCAAUGAGUUAUAUGAGUUACAAGCAAGUCGUUGGUUAUGGAAAAAGGUGAAACCUCAUCCCCCUUCUUCUGGUUUACCUCCUUGUCCUCGGCUUGGACAUAGCUUCUCUUUAUAUGGUAACAAAUGCUAUUUGUUUGGUGGCCUGGCAAAUGAAAGUGAAGAUUCAAACAAUAAUGUUCCCAGAUAUUUAAAUGAUUUUUAUGAGUUGGAGCUACAGCACGGCUCUGGUGUUGUGGGUUGGAGCAUUCCAGUGACGAAAGGUGUUGUACCUUCUCCAAGAGAAUCCCACACAGCUGUUAUAUAUUGCAAAAAAGAUUCUGGAGGUCCUAAAAUGUAUGUUUUUGGUGGAAUGUGUGGUGCUCGCCUGGAUGACCUGUGGCAACUUGACUUAGAGACUAUGUCAUGGUCAAAACCAGAAACUAAAGGGACAGUGCCACUUCCACGAAGCCUUCAUACAGCCAGUGUUAUAGGAAACAAGAUGUACAUUUUUGGUGGAUGGGUCCCAUAUAAGGGGGAAAAUACUGAGACUUCACCCCAUGAUUGUGAAUGGAGAUGUACCAGUUCAUUUUCUUACCUAAAUCUGGAUACAACAGAGUGGACCACCCUAGUAUCAGAUUCUCAAGAAGAUAAAAAAAAUUCAAGACCAAGACCAAGAGCUGGACACUGCGCUGUUGCAAUUGGCACUCGAUUGUAUUUUUGGAGUGGAAGAGAUGGCUACAAAAAAGCACUGAAUAGUCAAGUUUGCUGCAAGGAUCUUUGGUAUCUUGAUACUGAGAAACCACCGGCACCAUCUCAAGUACAGCUAAUCAAAGCCACUACCAACUCCUUUCAUGUCAAAUGGGAUGAAGUAUCUACGGUUGAGGGCUAUCUUUUGCAGCUGAGUACAGACUUGCCAUACCAAACUGCAUCAUCAGAUUCUUCAGCAGCACCAAAUUUGCAAGGAGUCAGGAUGGACCCUCACAGACAAGGCAGUAAUAACAUCAUUCCUAACAGUAUCAGUGAUACAGUAAACAGUGCAAAAACUGAACAAACAGCCAUGAAAGAAACUUCAGUGAAAAACAAACCAGACUUUAAAGCACUGACGGAUUCCAAUGCCAUUUUAUAUCCAUCCUUGGCAUCUAAUGCUUCUAAUCAUAAUAGUUGUGUGGUGGAUAUGCUAAGGAAAAAUGAAGGUCCUCACUCUUCAGCAAAUGUAGGUGUUCUAAGUAGUUGCCUGGAUGUAAGAACAGUAAUUCCUGAAACUUCUGUAUCCAGUACUGUUUCCAGCACACAAAUUAUGGUAACCCAGCAGACCAUUAAAACUGAAUCAUCCAGUACAAAUGGGGCAGUUGUUAAAGAUGAAACUUCACUAACAACAUUCAGUACCAAAUCUGAAGUUGAUGAAUAUGCACUGCCUGCAACGAAGAUCAGCCGUGUAGAGACGCAUGCUACCACAACACCGUUUUUUAAAGAGACUCCUUCAAAUCCAGUGGCCACAAUGAAAGGAGGAGAACGACAAUGGUGUGAUGUGGGAAUUUUUAAAAAUAAUACAGCUUUGGUGAGCCAGUUUUAUUUGCUGCCAAAAGGGAAGCAAAGCAUCUCAAAGGUAGGAAAUGCAGAUGUACCUGAUUACAGCUUGCUUAAGAAACAAGAUCUUGUUCCAGGCACAGGAUACAGAUUCAGGGUUGCUGCAAUCAAUGGUUGUGGGAUAGGUCCUUUCAGCAAAAUCAGUGAAUUUAAAACUUGUAUUCCUGGUUUUCCUGGAGCUCCUUCUGCAGUCAGAAUUUCAAAGAAUGUUGAAGGUAUCCACCUUUCCUGGGAACCUCCAACUUCACCUUCUGGAAAUAUUUUGGAAUAUUCGGCCUACUUGGCUAUCCGCACAUCACAGAUACAAGAUAAUCCAAAUCAACUUGUGUUCAUGAGGAUUUAUUGUGGUCUUAAGACAUCAUGUAUAGUAACUGCUGGGCAACUUGCAAAUGCACAUAUUGAUUAUACAUCCAGGCCUGCCAUUGUGUUCAGGAUAUCAGCAAAGAAUGAAAAGGGAUAUGGACCAGCUACACAAGUUCGGUGGCUUCAAGGUAACAAUAAGAAAGCACCUUUAAAUUGAAUUUUUUUUUUUACUGAAACUAUCUAUUGUGAUGAUGAUUAUUUAUUAGUAACUGGUUACGAAGAUUUGUCAUUUAAAAGAGUAUUCUCUGACUGUAUUUCCAGCAGUUAUGAACUUUAGUUUGUAAAUUGUUCGUAAAAUGUAUUUGCUGAAUUCUAGAUCCAAAUAAAAGAAAAGAAGCAAAGACUUUCUGAAAAUUAGUAUAUGAGUUUUUCCUUACAGAUAUAGCUCUUUUAUAAAGAAAAACAGUGAAAUUAAGAUGAAAUCUAGAAAGCUUUAUUACCCCAAUAUCUUUUAUAAAGGCUAUGUAACCCAGUCAUCCUAGAGUUAUUGAGAUGAUUCUAGUAACUGGCUGUUGUAUGCUAUGCUGUCUUAUAUAGUAAAUGUUCUCUAUAAUGUAAAUGUCCCAUCUUUGAGUACUCCCUCUAUCUUCUAUAUGAGCAGUGUUCCUCUAACAACUAUCUUCUUUUGGAUAAUAUGUGUGAUACUAUAAUAAUUCCAGUAGUCGUUUGAUUCCUUUCUUUGUUUACAGUUAGCACAGAGCUUAAGAAAUUAAAAAAGAAGGAGGCAAGUUUGAGUUUUCUUGAUUCCUACCACGCCAAUAUAUUUGAAUAUAUUUUUGGCCAAAGCACUUAUCUGGCCGUCAUUUUUCUCAUAACAGAUGAGGGAGUUAAAACAGUUUACCUUUAAGGUCACUUUCAGCACUAAAGUUUUGUGUUUUUAGUAGAAGUAUAUCCCUGAACAUUUUCAUCUGUCUUAAUGGCUCUGAUUUUACUUUUGCUAAAAUUAAAAUCUUCAUAAUUGAAAAUUCAAAAUUAAAGUAUAUAUCCUCCCAUUGCAGAAAGAAACAGGCACCUUAACAGGACACAAGUUUUAAAAUAGUGUUUUAAACAUUUGUAACAUUUUUGUAAAUGCUCUAAAUGUUUUAUUUUUGCAUUGUUUUUACCUUGAAAUUGUAUAAACUUUUUUACUAUGAAAAUAUAAGCAUUAGACAGCUAACUCAGGUUCCAUUACAACCUUAAAGUUACAGAUAGGCAUUAUAAACACUCUGCUAUAGGUAACUUGUUUUAAACCUUUAGGAAUUUCAUGGUUCCACUGCCUAUUUAAAUCUGGAAUUAAUAUACAGAGCAAUAAUUGCAGAAAAGAUAUUUCAAACUAAGAGCUUCAGUAACUGCAGGGGAACAGUUCUAUCUUUUUUUAAUGCCAUAUAACCUUAUGCCAGUUUAGGUUGACUGAGUAGCUAUGUCCUCAAAUUUCAUGUAUAAUACCCCCCUAGCAAAGAUGGAUUUAAUUGUGCAGAAUUGAUAUAUAUGUGUGUUCCAGUUACUAAUUUAAAGUGUAUAGAAUAUUUUAAUAUAUAAUUUUUGUAAAGAACUGGGAUUUUUAUACUACAGUAUUUGUAAUUAAUGUGUCUCAUUAAUUAAGUUUCUCUUGAAGAAAAUAUGCAAAUUGUUAGACACAUGAUGAGUGGUUUCCAAACUCUAAAGAUAAAAUAAAUGCACUACUAUGGUGUUGUUAGAAUACCUUUUUGUGGCUGUAUGAAUCUUUACUCUUUAAAUGUGUAAUUUACAAUGUUUACAAGGAGCUUCUCUGGUUUGUUAUCCCAGCAACACCCUUGGUGAGAGCUUCAUUCUGCAUUUUUUUAAUUCAUAUGCUUUGCUUUUGGCAUAUGCUUGCUUUUUGCACUAGUAGAAUUUUAACUUACCUCAUUAUUAUGUUUGUAAUCAUUUGUCUAGCUUCUGUAAUGUUUCUGAUAUUGGCUAAACAAAUACUUAACCAAAGUUAAAAUACAUGAUAAGCAAUUUUGCACAUAUUAAAUAUUAGGGUUUGUCGUGUAUAUGUGUAUACUUAAUUAUAAAAAGAAUAAGAAUGGAAAGUUAUACUAAAAGUGUAUGUUUCAAGCCCAAUUAUUUUAAAGAUCUGUUGCUUUAAUAGGAAAAGUUUGGCUUUUAACCCCUUCUUCUCUGCAUUAAUUAACAACAUGCAUCUUGAAGCACUUCUUCUAAUGACAAGGAAUAAGUUGAUUUUAAGCAAAGGAUAGAAUAUUUUUUUGAGUAUGCACAUUUAUACCUAUUUAGUAUUUGAUUCAGUUUACUUUGCUUAAAAGCCUCCACUGUUCUGAACCAGGAGGUGAUUCUGAGCCUGUGGUUCUAACAAUGACUUACUUUUAGAGGGAAGAGAAGUCUUUCUAUAGCGAGGGAUUUGUUAAAAUUAUAAAUGUUUUUGCCUUGAGAAUUAGCCCUGAUUCUUUUUUUUUGGCAUUUGUACCUUAAGCACCAGUCAUACUCAUCUCUGUGAUAAGGGAUUGGUGACUGAAAAAUGCCAUUAAGAAAUAUCUGUGGCUUUGACAAAAUUGAUAGUUAAGAGAUCUUAGAGCUGUGUGUGUCAAUGAAUAGACUGAAUUGGAGUAAACAGUAAGAGAAGUACAUUUAGCUUCUUAUGAUUUGCACAUUUUCUAAGUGAAGAUCCCUUUGUGUAGCAGUAGGCUAAAUCAUGCAGAUAUUUUUCAUAGGAUUUGCACUGAGUUAAAUUACUUUUUUUAUUCUUCCAAGUUGGAUAAGCAAUUCAGAUGUAACAAGCCUUUGUGCCAGCCCUCUUCCGUGUUCUGCAACUCUGGCUCUCAUAAGUAGUAAAAAUAUUUUUGAUGCUGCAUGCUCUCAGAAUUAUGUUUUCUAAAAUAUCAUAUUGGCUUCAUUUUAGUUUAAUAAACUUCUUCGUCAACUUAAUUAGACAUAGGGUAUAUAUAAACUCAAUUUUAUCUGCAUUUUUUAAUUGAAAUAAUCUGAUUGCAUGUAUGAAGGACCCCUGCCUCAUUACUCAAUUACAUAAAUACAGUUAUCUAUAGGAAGGUGAAACUGUUGAUCUAUUAUGUCAAAGACUUGUAGACUAGCAAAGAUUCAUUCUGAUUAGAAAUAAGGUCUACUAUAGUUAAAGAUAUUUUUAUUUAAAAAAAAUUACAGCCCUUGUAACAUAAAAAUCAUUUGUAACAUUGGAUUUGAAGAGAUUAUUAGUAUUUAAAAUUGUAGUCAUUUGAUCAUAAAUGAAGUAGAUUCCAAAAUAGGCUUGGUCUUUGACCCUUUAAGGUGUAACUGACUGACUGUUGUAUUUUCCAAGACUGAUUUUAGGCAGUUUUAUGUAUUGUGUACCAAUGAUAUGUAAAAUAAAGCACCUUUUCUACUAUAAACAA